ACAGUGUCAACGAAACUUUUUCGCGCCAAAUGGCCCGUACCAUAACAAGGCGCUAGCGCUAGCGUUAUCAGACCUGCGCUGGAUUAAGGGCUAAGCUAACUGUACUGACUCGGGACUGUCAGAUCGAUCGGAAGAUCGGGGCGCCGGGCCCGGCGAUCGACGGACGGACGGGGUGGUACGUGUGAUCGUGAGCUAGCUAGAUGCGGCGCGGCCGAAGCGCCAAACCACCGGCUUGGAGUUGGAUGGAUGGAGCCAGCACAUCAACGCGACGGUGAAACUGCUAAUCUGUCCUCUGAGCUGACAUGUCUGAUGUCUUUGAUUUGACAGUUUACUGAAGAUGCUAUCUCAAAACGAUGAUCUCAGUCAGAUUGCAGCAACGCCCAUUCACGAUGGAGGGAGAGUCCCACCUGGGUGUUUGGUUUCUAAUCAGAAAUGGAGAGGCUCGCAACUACAUAAUACUGUCAAAGGUCAGGUGAAAGUGAUCUUUGAAAGUGACCUUGGAGUGUCAGAUUUCUACCCAUCCAGUGAAGUUGCUGUGGUCUAUGUCUCGGAGACGGAUCUGGUAGCAGGAGUAGGAUACAGGAGGAGGCUUGCAAAGCUAAGAAAGGUUAACAAACUGAAGGGUGUGGUAAUUGCUGAGAAAACUCCGAUGACCGAACAGUAUUUCUUGGACCUGCAGAAGUUUGUUGUGCUGGAACUUGGGAUGGUGCUUCAACCCAUCUCAUCCCAGACAGAAGCAGCUGGUCUCUUGGCACAAAUGGUUUUGGAGGAGCAGAAGCCCCAUGCAAACCCCUUUCGCCUGAAAAGACGACCUCAGUCGCUGGACUCUAGUCUUUUGGCAACGGUGCAACUGAUCCCAAAGUUAGGGUCCGUCAAAGCCAGGGCUCUGCUUCACAAGUUUGGAAGCAUCAAAAACAUCGCUCAAGCAUCACAGCAGGAUUUGGCAGCCAUUGUAGGAGUCUCUCAUGCCAAGCACAUAAGGAACUUCCUCACUCACAAGACUGCACCAAAAAGAUGACGGAAUCUACGAUGAGCUAGUAGAUGGAAACAUACUCCCACCAAAGGAUGUUUCUGUUGAUAGCUGAAAGUCUUGCUGAAAUGCUGAUCACAGCAGUAUGCUAAAAGCUUGUUGACUGCAACGUAUACCUAUGCCUGUGCUGUAAUGCUGCUGUCUGUAUGGGUUCCAUGACGUUUGCUACGGCGACAGGUGCUCUGAUGGAAACCUAACCUCCAAACUUAAUAAACCCUAAUGUUUAUCUUUCCAUUAUUCUGAACCAAAAACUAACCCCAACUCUAGCCCUAUGCCCUCUGAGAUAUUAAGACAGGAGAAAAUGUAGCAGGACCAUACGUCGGGUCACCGUUGUAUGGUUGGGGGCAAGCAAAGCAUGUGAUGAUGAAUAGAAGGUGAACUUCCCCUUAUAAGUGGGUUAAAUACAAUGAAAUGUUUAACAGUUGAUGUGGUCUGUAUACCUGUGAAAACAAGUUAUAGGCAAUGUCAUUGCAAGAAGAGAAGAUUUGCUACAUAAUAGAAUCAUGAAUGAAAUUAUGUGAUAUACAUGCACAAGUAAAGAAAGCGAAUGAAAAGAGUAUAGUCUCCAGAGAGAGAAUUCAAACUUCUGUUGCAAUAUAAAAAUAUUGUAGGUACGGUUGAGGUAACCAAGGACACAAAAUGAAAACAAAAUUGGAAACGUUUACAAUGACGUCAUUUUAAUUUUUUAACACAUUUACAAUUGAUAUUGUGUUUAUGUUUCCCUUGAAACCGAUGUUUUAUGAGAGAAAUGCCGAUCUUAAAUGGACAUCUUUUUUUGUCCGAUUGAUCAGCAUUUAAAUUGAAAUGAGAAAAGGGCACAACCAUGUUUGAACAAACAAAAUCCUGGCUUUGGCUGCUUGACCUCCUCAUGGAAAUCAUAAGCACCCCCAGGUCUCCAUGCAACUCACUUAUAUACUUUAUUUUAUUCAUGUUAAGUCAAGUCUACCCCAGAAAAGUGUUGAAUUGAAUCAAAAGAUAAAAACCAAACAAGCAUAAUACUGAAAAUCUCAUAAAAAUUGGAUGUAAAUAAGAAAGUUAUGACAUUUAAAGUUUUGUUUAUUUUUCACAAAACAGUUAAAUGUACAACUUGGUGAUGUGGUGAUGCCAUCAGUCCCCCUAUUUGCAUACCAACCAGGAUGUACAUACAACUGUUGUUUUUUUUAUUUAGCAAAACUUAAAAAUUUCAACUUAUUUCUACGUCUGACUUUGGUAAAAUUUUCGGCGUUAUGCUUGUUGAAUUUUUCUAUUUUUAUUCAAAUCAACUUUAAGUUGGGAUAGACGUGUCCUUUAAAAUUGUCUAUGCUUUGUAUGAAUGUAGAUAAGAGUAUAAUAAAAGCAUUUGGAUUUUUGAAGAAUUUUUUUUUUGAACUACA